AUGAGUGGGGAGCGUGUGAGUGGUGAGCGCGCGGCAGAGGGAGGAGGUUCGGAUGAGAGCGAUGGGCGUGAUCGGAACAAAAAGAAGUACAAGAGUGUGUCCACGACGGAGAAGGAGACCGGGGAUGCCUUGGGCGUAACCUGGAAGGAGACUUCUUACAAAGAAAAACUCCUGGACGCUGAACCGAAGGCCUGCUCCAUAGACGGGCGAGGCAGCAACGUGUUUGAUGGCGCAUGGGGGGAGUACAUCGAUAGUCUGAAAAGUUUCUUUGGCGAUGGGAAUAGUCAAAACUCGCUGGCGGAGGACUCAGAAACGGUGAAGGAUGAUACUGAGGAACUCAUCCCCACACUGGUGGUGACUAGAGAAGAAUAUGAGAGGUGGUGUGCACCGUGGAGGAGAUUACUUAUAAUCAAGAUACUAGGAAAGGACAUCCCCUUAUGGGGCAUAAAGACGAGUUUGCAGCGACUGUGGAAGACAACAGAGCCCUUUGAGACAAGAGAUAUUGACAAUGGCUAUUUUGUCGUCUCCUUCGCCAACGAUAAGGACUUGCAACAUGUCUACUUUGAUGGACCUUGGAUGGUGGCAGACCAUUACCUGCUUGUCCAACGCUGGAGACCCAAUUUCGAUCCGUGGAGUGCAGAAAGCCAGAGCAAGAUAGCAGCUUGGGUGAGAAUUCCUUUAUUGCCGCUAGAGUUCUUCAACUCAGAAAGUUUGGAGAAGAUCGGUCGUCUAUUGGGCAGAACUCUGAAGGUCGACUCGAUCACAUACUUGACGGCUCGAGGGCGUUAUGCCCGUAUCUGCAUCGAGCUAGACCUGAAAAAGAGACUCAAGGCUGCAAUCAAAAUUUUCGGUAAUCAACGAGUCAUGGAAUAUGAGGGCCUCCAUUUAAUAUGUUUCCACUGCGGUAAGUAUGGCCACCACCGUGAUCAGUGUCUUGAGGGGCAGGCGACAAGGGGGGAGAGUAAGGAGGCAGAUAAGGAUGAGCCAUCGAGAAGUACCAGCUCACAAGAGGGGGGACCUACUAGCAUGAAGUGUCAAGUGGAUGAUGUUGCUCCCUCAAAAGAUUCGCAGAAGCGUAUUAGUACCACGGAGGGGUCAGAAAAUCGUUCCAGGGACAACGAACAACCGGGUAAGGAGGUCCUGGGGGCCUGGAACUUGGUCAAACGACCAGCACGGCGGAGACAAGCAACCACGAAAAUCUUGGGGCACAAGGAAACUAGAUCAGCGAGAUCCUCGCAAUGGCAAUCACACGGGAAAGGCGCGCGGGAAUCACGUAUGAUCAAUGAGUCAGCUGAUAGUGAGGAAAUAUUGACGGCACGAUUUGUGCAUGGCACCACAUCUGAUUCCCGAAAGGUAGGAAGAGAUACCACAAAUAAUAGAAAGUGGGUCCCAGUUACUCACAAUAGGAGGAUUAAGGGGCAGUUAGGCCAGAAAGAGAAGGAAAAUAUCUCACCAAGGACCACGCACCUUCGGGCAGACUUAAGCAAUCCUGUGAAGCCCUCUAGUAGGUUUCUUAUGUCCAGCAACCCCUUCGAAGCUCUGGUGGGCCAGGAUGCGGACGAGAACCAUGAUCAAAUUGAUGAGCCCAUGUUGAACAACGAUAACGCGCUAUCUGUAUUAAACGCACUGAAGGAUGGGAGCACAAAUGGAAGCAUAACAACUAAGAUGGUGGAUCUUGAAUUAACCAAUGUCAACGGCCCUAAAAGCCAACCCCACUUGAACGUGGUUUCCCAUGAAUAG